AACACCUUCCUAUUAUUUGUUAGAUUUCUCUUUGUUUCUCCUCUCUCCCUUGAGUCUCUGAUACACCAAAAAUGGCUGCGGAUGACCAAACCAACCCAAAAGCCCCACCUCCAACCCAAUUAACCACCCCUUUCCGAUGGUCAACACGGCGAAAAACCAUCCUUCGGAGGCGGAAACCUCCGACAAUUCGACUCGGCAGCGGGAAGAAACACAAGAGAGGAUUUUCCCUGGCUAGGAUUCUGAGAAGGAUCAAACUGAGGUGGCUCAAGUUGCAGUACACAUGCAUGCUUAGGAAGCUCAAGGAAUACUACAGAAAUUUGAUCAAGGACAUUGCGGAGGCAGGUUCCACUAUAGAGACUUUUCAGCAGAGAUUCUUGAUGGAGACGAGCUUUGCCGUCCCCGUCAUGGGCGUUUCAUUCAACAGCUUCCCUUCCGCCACCGGAUCCAAUCGUCCUUCAGCCCUGUUCAUGUAAAGCACUCUGUUUUCUCGUGAUCUAAGUCUUCUAUGCUCGCCCCUGGAUGGAAACAACCCUCGUACUCCGGUGUUUCAGUGAAUCUUAAGAGACUCGGGUUUCCAUUCAUGAAUGCAACUAAAGUAAUUUAUGGUGAAUCUUGCUUUUUUCUUUUUUAAGGUUUCGAGUUUGGACUCAAUGGUUGCUGUACAAAAAGAAAUUAAGCCAAUGAAUGUACAAGUUUUUC